CAAAGUUCACCGCACCACACGCGGAAAAUAUCCCUCCCCAACCCCAUUUCAGCUGCGCUCUCGACCCCGUCGCCCACCUCUCUGCUCCGCCGACCGCCGCUGCCCUGCCGCACAACAACCCGCCGACAAGGCGGCCGCUCUUCCGUCUCCAUCCCCCUUGUCCUGCCCGCUCAGCGCCUCCUCCUCCUCCCCAGAUCCCGAAUCAGAGGAAUUACAGCCUCCGCCGUCGCCAUCGCCCACCCCUGCGGUGCUGUCUUGUCUGGAAGCCUUCGAGGACCCCGGCCGUGGCGGUGGCCGCGGCAGAUACGGCCGCCAGAGGCGCGGGGUGCAUGAGGAGGAGGAGUGGCGGGGACGACUGCGGGCUCGCCAUCCGGAGCAGGAGCAGAUGGGGGAAGUGCGGCUGAUCCAAGCCUGAGAGAGAUAACGAGAGAACAAGGGGCUGUCUGGUGGAUUUUCUUGAGGGAAGGCGAGUAUCGGGAGCAAGGAAAGAGCACAUAUUGUAUCUUGGGAUUAUUGCUCAGCAGUUGGCGCCAAGAUGCAGAACAAUGACUGGCGGAAGAAGAAUGCACAGGAAAUGAAUUUCUUUUCUGAAUACGGUGAUGUUAAUAGAUAUGAAAUUUUGGAGGUCAUCGGGAAAGGAAGUUAUGGACUUGUAUGUUCAGCAAACGAUAAACAUACUGGAGAGAAGGUUGCAAUAAAAAAGAUACACAAUAUUUUUGAGCAUAUAUCGGAUGCAGCACGCAUACUCCGUGAAAUAAAACUUCUGAGGCUUCUGAGGCACCCUGACAUAGUGGAGAUAAAGCAUAUAAUGCUACCCCCAUCCAAAAAGGAUUUUAAAGACAUAUAUGUUGUCUUUGAACUUAUGGAAUCAGAUCUUCAUCAGGUCAUAAAGGCUAAUGAUGAUUUGACGAGGGAGCAUUACCAGUUUUUCCUCUACCAGAUGCUUCGGGCUUUGAAAUAUAUUCACACAGCAAAUGUCUAUCACCGAGAUCUAAAGCCCAAAAAUGUACUUGCUAAUGCAAAUUGCAAACUCAAAAUAUGUGACUUCGGCUUGGCAAGAGUGGCAUUUAGUGAUGCACCCACUACAGUCUUCUGGACCGAUUAUGUGGCGACAAGAUGGUAUAGAGCUCCUGAACUGUGUGGGUCAUUCUACUCCAAGUAUACACCAGCUAUUGAUAUCUGGAGUAUAGGGUGCAUAUUUGCUGAGGUGUUGAUAGGAAAACCUUUAUUCCCUGGAAAGAAUGUAGUUCACCAGUUGGAUUUAAUAACUGAUCUUCUGGGAACACCGCCAUUAGAUGCUAUUUCUAAGGUACGGAAUGACAAGGCAAGAAAAUACCUGACGUGCAUGCGGAAGAAACAACCUGCAUCUUUCUCGCAGAAGUUUCCGAAGGCUGAUCCAUUAGCUUUACAGUUGCUUAGGAGGCUUCUAGCUUUUGAUCCAAAGGAUCGCCCAUCUGCAGAAGAGGCAUUGGCAGAUCCUUACUUCAAUGGAUUAGCAAAGGUAGAGAGAGAACCUUCUUGUCAACCAAUUCCAAAAGUGGAGUUUGAAUUUGAGCGCCAUAGAGUAAGAAAGGAGGACAUCAAGGAACUGAUUUUUCAAGAAGUUUUGGAGUACCAUCCUCAACUACUGAAGGAGUACACCAGUGGGACAGAAAGGCCAAAUUUUCUUCACUUAAGUGCUACUGACCAAUUUCGAGAACAAGUUACCCAACUUGAGGAAAAUGGCAACAAAAGUGAAGUAGCACCAGUACAGAGGAAACAUGCUUCUUUGCCAAGGUCAACAGUAGUGCAUUCAGCUUCUAUUCCUUCAAAGGAUCAUAGACAUGAGGCGUCAUCUAGUACAAAGCGUGUGGUAGAUGGAUCUUGGAAUGAACAAAUUCAUGGAGUACAUGCAAGUAUAGCUGGCAAACAUUCAACAACUGUUAGGCCUGUGAUGUCCUGUGAUAGUAAAAUUUCCCAGGAUAUGAAUGAUCCAAGGAGCUUGGCACCCUCAAAUCCAUGGCAACCAAAUAUCAUCCAUUUUCCGAAUCAUGCUGUGAAUUUUCAGAACCUGCCAUCUAUGGGUUCUCUACUUGAUGCAACAAGCCCAGCCCAGAAUAUGCCUGUAGCCACUCCAAGCACUGAGUCCAGACCAGGGCAAUUGUACUUGUAUAUGCAUUAAUCAGUUACUGCUGACAGAGUCGCUGUACAAGCAGCCUCUGCUUCUCAUGGCCCUGUUCCAGCUGUACCUUACAGCAUGCCAGGGUUAUGACAAUUAAUCUAUUGGAUCAAGGAAAUCUGGCUUUCUUAUCUGCUAUCCAAUGAAGUAUGAAUAUCGAAGUGCAGCUGGAGGCAGAUAUUUCAGGUCAGACAACAGGACGAUCAACAAGUUCUCUUUGCAACCAAAGUCAAUGGAACAUUGAGUCUUGGCCCCACCAAGUGAUCAAAUUAAUGCCUACAGAAGACCUUUGAGGUAUUAAAGCAAAAUAAUAUGAUCAUCACGACCUUAUAUUAUUGUUAUCCUGUGUUCCAGAGUUGUUAGUGGUAAAGGUGUUUCGGAUAUGCUUUAUUUAGCAAUCUGGGUUUGCAAGGUGAAAGACUGAAAGAAUGCAAGUAGUGCAACACAUAAUCAAUGGUUUUGACUCAGCCUGAUAUGAUCUUCAAUCCUGUGAGCACCACCUAGUCAAGUGGCCAUGGGUUUUCUGGAAGCUCUCUACCCAGUAUUGGAAUCCUGUGAAUGAGCCCCAGUUAAGUGGCCAUUGGUUUUCUGGAAGCUCUAUAACCCCGUAUUGUAAUUGUAAUGGUUACUCGGAAUUAGAGGCCAGAAUACAGAGGUGCUACAAUUCUCCAGUUCACUGACAGUUGGGAUCAAAAUCUAAUAUAUUGAUAUUUGGGCCCUGAAUUAGUACUGCUGAACACACUAGGGAUGAUUCAUUAUGCUUUUGAUCCAAUGCUUGUGAGACGAAUGCAUGAAACUGUAAUUUUGACUUCUAAAUAAAGUUACCAGUCAUCUGAAAAGUUUUUCAAAUAUUUCACA